GCUGUUUUGUUAGAGGUGCGUGCAUCGGGAAUGGUAUAUUGUUGAUUGGAGGGGCACUUCGCAGUUUGUUGGUCUGAUCAUAUUUCUUUGUUUAUUUGGUGUGCAGAAUCGUACUAUCAUCAUAGAAAACGUCCUGCCGCGAGUGAAAGAUCACGACGCGUUGAGGAAGGGCUAAAAAAAUCGUAGUAAAGGCCACAAAUUAUCUGGAAAACCCGUUGGAAAUUGAUUCUUUCGAGAAGGAGCAGUGUUCGCAAAGGCGUCCGUCCGACUGUAGUGUUCUGUGCUACCACUUCAGGAGGUUUUGGACGUUCCGCUUCCUGGAACAGACUGCGACUCUACUUCCAGAAGAGAAAUAUGGCACAAACAACGAGUAGCGCUUUGAGGGCGCUUGCUCUUGAAUAUAAAGGUCUCCAAGAGGAACCCGUCGAGGGAUUCCGCGUGAAACUCGUUAACGAGGACAACAUGUUUGAGUGGGAAGUGGCGAUCUUCGGGCCCCCGGAUACGCUUUACCAAGGAGGAUACUUCAAGGCACACAUGAAAUUCCCGACGGAUUAUCCGUAUAGUCCACCAAGCAUUCGGUUUAUGACGAAAGUUUGGCAUCCAAACGUAUACGAGAGCGGAGAUCUAUGCAUAUCGAUCCUGCAUCCACCGGUAGAUGAUCCACAGAGUGGAGAACUGCCAUGCGAGAGGUGGAACCCAACACAGAAUGUCAGGACGAUCCUGUUGUCGGUGAUUUCGCUGUUGAACGAGCCCAACACAUUCAGCCCUGCCAACGUGGAUGCCUCCGUAAUGUAUAGGCGCUGGCGCGACUCCAAGGGUAAAGACAACGAGUAUGAAAAUAUCAUAAGAAAACAGGCACAGGCAGCGAAGAUGGAGGCUGAGAAAGAGGGAAUCGUCGUACCAGUAACGUUGGAAGAUUACUGCAUCAAAACUCACGCGAGGCCAGCUGAACAGCAGCUAGACAUGACGGAUUUCUAUGAUGACGAGUACGAGCUGGACGACGACGACGACGACGAUGAUGAUGCGGUACAAAUGUGCGCCAGCGAAUACGAAGACGAUGACGAUAGUGGCAACGGAGAAUCUUGAUUCAUUUUCUGGAUCAACUAAAUAAACUCGAAAACGCUAAUUAUUAUCAGUUCUGUAUAGAUUAAUAAAUUAACGGGCUUCUAAACCGGACGCUCUCUCUUUUCAGACGUGCCACCUAAAAUUCAAGUACACGUUCAGAAAGAACUUAUUCGUCGUUAGAUGUUUAAGUAGAAACGUAUCUUCGAAUGCCGUCGAUUGUCGCGACGUUAUUCCUUGUCACGACGUUUUGAAUGAAAUCAAUUUUAACUAGGUUGAUUAAUCGUUUGCCGUUAUCUCGAUCAACGUGAUCACCUAAGCUCGAAUAGUUUCACGGUGAAUAACUUCAUUUCUCUUUGCUUACGUAAAGAUCUCGGUUCAAUUUUCGUUACGUUGUGGCGCGAAAAGAACGAAACGAGACUCUGUUUUAGAACGAUACACGUUGGAAAGUGAUAUGCUUUAGAAAUCCUUGAACAAUAAAAUCCGAGAUGUCCGUUCGGAAUUCUAGGAUAUGGUAAAUUAUCGAGAAUGCCGUGUUUAUAAGCUCUUUAACUUAAGCAAUAUACGGUAUAAAAAUAAGUACUUUGUUAGGAGCACUGUGCUUGUUGUGUUGUGGUUGGCACGUCGAUCUUUUAACUAGGUAAAAGGAAACAGGACCAAUUGAUUUACCUUAAUGGUGAUCAACGUUCGAUAAAGUUAAUCAUGAUGAAAAGUACAAUGAUUGGGCUGGCUCAAGUCUUCUUUAUCCGUGUGUCGUAUUUGAAAUUAUCAGUAGGUAUAUCAAUUGAUCCUACAUUUCCAAUCUUCGAUAAAAUUUACAUUGAAUAAAAUUAAAUUUUUCUGUUUCGUAUGAUUAUUUAUGCUAUAAAGCCAAAAGUUGAGAAAGAAAUUCGGAUGUGUGAGAAAAUAACAAACUGCCAAAAAAGACCUGUUAAAAACAUUCUUCGUAGUCGUAAAUUUUAAGACAGCAGGUAUAUCGUUUAUAAAAUUUCUUUUCGAUCGAAA